AUGGAGUGUUCCUCGGUUAGCGUCUGCUUGUGGAAUCUGCGGUCACUUGCAUCAGAAUUACACCGCCUUCAGUUCACAAUCCGCAAAACAACAACUUGCCAUCCUCUGUCCCAUUCAACAAGGCCCUCCUGCCUAUCCGCAUCCUUAUCAGAGCCGCCGCGCCCCAGCGCGAUCAUAUUAUUGCCAGCUUCGGUGCUGACAUUACCGCCUCCCUCGACCAGUCAAAACCAAUCGAGUCAAGGACCAACAAGACUCCGUCGCCUACUCGACCCAAGGGAUGUAAAUUUAAUCACCAACAUACAUGAUGACCGCAUUUCCUAA